CUGCUGAUUAGAAGGUCAUAAGUUCAAGUCCUAGCACUGCUAAGCUACCACCGCUCAGGUGUAUAAAUGAGAUAAAUGUAAGUGGAUAUGGGCGUCUGCCAAAUGCUAGAAACGUAAAUGUAAGAGGUGAUUGAGUUCUCCUAAGGGAUCAACUCUGUUACACGUUUUGAGCGUGUUACGUGAGACUGUGCUCACCAAUCACAGCCUGGGGUCCAGCCCUGUGUGUGUCAGUAGCUCCAGUAAACACGCCCCGCUCGCUGUGCGGAAGCCCCGCAGUGCCUUCAGCAGAGCUGGCGGAGGUGACUCUUCCCGGCUGAACAGACAAACCGGGUUGCAGUGGACCGGAUAUAUAAGCGGUGAAUUUCACACAGUUAACGGUUUGGCCAUGGCGUCCAGCAGCUCCUGUGUGGUGAUCAGCGACGAUGAGCAGGGUUAUGAUCUCGACCUGUUCUGCAUACCAAAGCACUAUGCUGCUGACCUGGAGCGUGUCUAUAUACCUCAUGGACUAAUCAUGGACAGGACUGAGCGACUGGCCAGAGAAAUCAUGAAGGAUAUGGGGGGACACCACAUUGUUGCACUCUGUGUGCUCAAAGGGGGCUACAAGUUCUUUGCAGACCUGCUGGACUACAUCAAAGCACUGAACCGCAACAGUGAUCGCUCCAUUCCAAUGACUGUGGACUUCAUUCGCCUCAAAAGCUACCAAAAUGACCAGUCUACAGGGGAGAUUAAGGUGAUUGGUGGAGAUGAUCUGUCCACACUCACAGGGAAGAAUGUCUUGAUUGUGGAGGAUAUAAUUGAUACUGGGAAGACAAUGCAGACAUUGUUAGAACUCCUCAAGCAGUACAAUCCAAAAAUGGUCAAGGUGGCCAGUUUACUUGUGAAGAGGACACCAAGGAGUGUUGGCUACAGACCUGAUUUUGUAGGAUUCGAGGUCCCCGACAAAUUUGUGGUGGGAUACGCGCUAGAUUACAAUGAGUACUUUAGAGAUUUAAAUCAUAUCUGUGUCAUCAGUGAAACAGGAAAAGAGAAGUACAAAGCUUGAGGUGGUCUGCACCUCCCCCUUUUUAGCUGUGCAUAAUUUUUACUGAUGACCAUUUUAUAUUACAUCUGGCUUGUAAUUCUGAGGAGCGCUGCUUGCAGCAGAUACAUCUCCUUUUCUGCAGGAGUGAAAAGUGCAGAGAGACACGGUUCCUCUCAGAGCACGAUGCACUCGCACAUACUGGUGACCCCCAAGCCUUUCUCUGCUGAAUCACAGAUGUAUUUUGGUUUGAAUGUAUUCAACUAUGAAAUAUAUAUAUAUGGUAGUAAAUUUCUCUAAUUUAUUUUGUAUAAUUUUUUAAAUAAUUGCCUGACCUUUUCUUUUAUGUUAAUACUUAACUUUAUUCAGCAUGAUUAGAGAGCUUGCAGCCAUACUUAACAAGAUCUUGAUUGAUUGGCUCAAUAAAAAUGAAUUUCUAGUUAAAUAUUUACACUGUACAAGCCAUGAUGUGCAUAAUCAAAUGGAAUUAAUGGUUUUUUUGUUUGUUUGUUUUUUUUUUUAUUAAUCAUGUAAUUUUUAUGCACAAUUAUUUUGGGUUGUUCUGAUUUUAAGAUGAGCAGGACAGCUGUACUUUUGAUCCAAAAAUAUUUUUUUUGACCACACUUAGGAUGUUUACCCUUGGCGGCGUCUUUUUCUUUUUUAAGUGUGUUAUUACAAUAAUUUUUCUUUGCUAUUUUAUUUUUUAUGACGUUUUAUUGCAUAUUAUUAUAUAUUCUGUAAGCAUACUUGACAUUAAAAGUAAAGGGGUAAAAUGUUAUGGUGCCUUAUAUGCUAUGUCAUAUAGCCACAAUAACAGUCAUAUCCAAUACAUUUUCUGUAACAUAAACAUGAUGAAGGGAUGAUGACAAAGUGAGCUACUGUACAUUUGCAAUUUUAGCAACACCAUUACCAGCUUGUACAUUAGCCUUAGACGUUAAUAUGAUGGGCAUAAAGCAGUCUAGGUCCUAUAAUUGAUUAUCCUAAAUAGUUGUGUGGUUUCAGAUGUACACAUCAUUGCCCAAGCAACAUCUCAGUCCUGAGGCAGCUUUGGCAAAUAGGUCAUUAGAUCAUCUAAUCGGACCACUGUAUCAGAGAGGACUGUAAAUGAUUAACAAUGUAUUGGAUUGAAAAAUGUGUGAUGACAUUAAAUACUAUUUCAUUUGAACUCGAAAAA